GUGUUUGAUGAGCUGAUCCGUCAAAUGACUAUUCAGUGCGCCGAGCGUGGCCUUCUGUUGUUGCGUGUUCGCAACGAGGUGAUGAGCACAGUGGCCGCUCUACAGUCGAUCUACGCCUCGGGUGUUGUCUUCGGACUGCAGAAAUGUCUGGCCCGUGAGGCGAAUCGGUGCUGGCAGGACUCGCGGAUUCAACAACUCGAGGGCGAGAUCGUCCAGUUGCGCAAGAAGAUCCAAAUGGAGGCGCUGAACAUCCGCGCUCUUGAGGAGAAGGAGGCCAACCGACUGGCGGCGGCAACUCGACGCGCCGAAGAGGACGUGGCCUUCCUGCGCAAAGGGCAUGACCAAUUGAAGGCACAACUCGAGGACAUUCUCAACCAGUUCAAGGUUGCCCCAAACGGCUAA